GCUCAGGCUAGCCUGCACAGCUGCACAAGCUGCGCGGGAGCUAAGGACAAGUUGGCAAGCUCACAGCUCGUUGUUUUGCCCCAGGAUCUCUCCCAACUUACUUGGUUGCAAGGCCACGACGGCUGCGCACGCGUAAGGCAAGGAGAGCUUACAAGCUCUCAGGUGACUGCAGCAGCACACGCCGUCGAUCACGAACACAGCAAACGCAUCGAUCGAACCAUGGCCAGACGCACACUUUGCACGACCAUAGCCCUAGCUAUGGCCGCGGCCCUGCGCCCAGCGCCACUGUCGCGAAGACGGACCCGUCUCAAAGCCACGGAGACCAAUGAGAAUGCAAGGCGCAUCAUCCUCUUCGACGUCAUGGACACGUUAGUCAUAGACCCCUUCUUCACGGGGGUGCACAGCGUUUUGGGGUGCGAGUCCAUGCAGGAGCUCUUCAAAGCUAAAAGACCAGAGACCUAUGAAGCGUUCGAGACGGGCGAAAUAUCUGAGGAAGAACUGUGGCAAAGGUACUUCGCCGACGACCGCGAAGUGGACGUAUCUGCAGUAAGAAGGCACUUCGUCGACGGCUAUGAGUACAUCAAGGGCAUGCGGAGUCUGCUGGGCGAGAUCAAACGCAUUGGUGGUGUGGAGUGCUACGCAUUCUCGAAUUAUGGUACGCUCUACAAGGAAAUUGAAACGAAGCUCGAACUCUCAAGGUUCCUCGACUGGCGCUUCGUGUCCUGCGAUAUUGGAAUGAGGAAGCCGGCUCCCGAGGCUUUUGAGUAUGUGGUGAAGGACCUCGGUUGUGAUUUACAGAGGGACGUCGUGUGCUUUGUCGAUGAUUCUAAAACGAACGUCGAGGCCGGGACCGCGGCGGGCCUGCGAUCAAUACUCUUCGAGGGCGACUCGGCGGAGUGCCGGACGGCGCUCAUCGCCGAGGGGUUCUGGGAGCUAAGGGUAUAGUAUCUGCCUUCCCUGUG